AUGACAUCAUUCAAGUGGACAACAUCAAAUGAUACCAGGGUAUGGAACACACAGAUCCUAAAAAUUGUUAAUGUGUCGAGAAAUGAUGCCAUGCUUUAUUUGUGUGAGGUGGCAAACCUUAUGAAAGAAACUGGGACAUUACUACAAAUAUCUGUUCCUGACAAUGAAACAACUGUAAAGGAAUUUUUUGUGGCUGGAUUUGCCGAUAUAAAGCCAGUAACAAUUAAGGAAACAGAAAAUGUGCAUUUGCAUUGCAAUGCGGAAAGCAACCCUAGAUCUGAUAUUGUCAUUAAAAAUCAAACAGGGUAUGUCAUGAAAUCAGGUUCUGAUGUGAACAAUUUAAACCAUUUACUGUUAUCAGUUACCUGUCUCGACGCUGGAACUUACACGUGCUCAGGAUCAAAUGGUUAUGGUACUAGGGGAUCAAUGAAACAAUUAACUCUAUAUGUAAAUUGUGCACCAAUGCCGUCUCCUUACCUACAAAUAAAAACAUCUUUUUGGAUUGCUGAGUACCAUUCUGCAGUUUUUUCAUUUAAAAAAGUCGCUUAUCCAAAGCCAUCUAAAGAAGAUUUCCAUUGGUUUAGGUGGUAUGAUAAUGAAUGGAAACCUCUGAAGAAUAACCAUGCAUUUCAAAUUGACACUGUAGAUUUAGAGUCAAAUUUAACUGUUUAUAACGUGAACAAGACUGUUUAUGGAAUAUACAAGCUUAUGGUAAAGAAUAUUAUGGGGCAGUAUGAGCAAAUGUUUCUUCUACAGCCCGAAGAGUGUCAACUUCAAUGUAUUUGUCCCGAAUCAAACACAAAAACUAUCAUUACUGGGGUUGUUCUAGGUGUAGUUAUCGCUGCGCUGGCUUUCUAUGCGGGUCAUGUAACAUUUUUGAUGAAAAGAACAGGUUUUCACGAAGGUCGAGCACAAUCCAGGAAUCAAACCGACAAUGGAAAUAUAACGAAUUUAUCUACAUAUGCUAAUGUAGCAUUCUCUACAGAUGUCACUGGUCAGCAAGAAAGAGAACCAGGCAUUUCUGAAUAUACAACACUUGAGGAAAAGUUUAGAAAUGAAAAUAUGGCAUAUGAAACAUUAGAUACCGCUAGUUAAGACAAACGUUAUGAGAUUCAUUUUUCAAAUAUGUGUUAUUAUAUAAUACAAAAUAUCAUCUGUAUUUACUUCUUAUCAUUGUUAAUAUUUGUCUGAAUGUUCUUUGUGAUUAACUUUCUGAUUCAUCCGAUAUAUAGGCGUUCAUCUCACCGUUUUCCUUUACCUUAAAAUGACUUCAACAGCGCGCGUCUUUAUAGUCAAGUUGGAAGCAAACACUUUUUAAGAUCCUGUAUGUUGUAAUUGAGAUUGUUAACACACUUAGUAAAAUUUUA